UCGCAGGGUGGACCUGUGGUUGAGAUAUUCAGUGGACAAGGAAAAGACCCUGUAGCAAAAUGGAAACUUUGUGGAGGUCCGUCCUUCAUACAUAAGGAGUACAAUAAAGAAGUCAGAGGGUUUGUUUACUGUCUGAAGGGCAGCAGCCAGACAGUCAAGAUGCAAAUGCCAGAGAAUGGGAAAAUGUCUCUUGGACUUCUUCAAAGAUUCUUGGUCCUUCAAGUGCAUAUUGAACAGUGCAAGGAUUUUUCCAUUGAGCUUUUGAUAACCGAUUUAGAGCACCUGAAAAGAAGACUUUACUUAUCAACAGUACAUAAAGAGUUGUCUGCCACACAUUUGCAUGCAAAGAUACCUCUCGUAGGAUUGAAACGCAGUGUCUGGUCUACUUUGUGCAUCGACCUUAUAUCAUUCACCAGUGAACUGUUCAAGGGGUUUUUGACAUUGGAUGGCAUCACUUUGUUUGCAACCUGUAAAGUCCGCAGAAUCUUCACCAUGAAAACAGUGCCUACCGAACUCUCAGGCGAUGAUAUGUUUCUCAGUGGAGCCGGUCUCAUGGACUCGGUCCCUCGCAGCUGCCAGUUCCCGCCUGAUGUAAACUACGUCACCCAAGUGUUGAACAUGGAGAAUUUACGGAAGGCAGACAUGAGGGCUGGACUGUUGAGCUCUGACUGUGUUCCUGAUCAGUCUACCACUGCCAGAUCUACCGGUUAUAGAAGACCCAGGCUUCAGGGUGUUUUACACACAGCCUCAGGCUCCAGGGUUUCAGGGCCACCCACUCAAACUGGAAGAAAAAGCAGUGCAGCCUCAGAAGAAAUGGAUAAAAGUCUUCUCUUUGUAUCGAAUGUGGCAUCCCCGUCUAGUAAAAUGAACCAAAAAGUUGCUGCAGAAAGUGAGAGCAGUGCCAAACUGAGGGAUCAUUUAUCACACGGAGAACCUUCCCAAAUUCUUCUCCAGGGAACACUUGGCAGUUUACAGCCCCAUCCCCCGAACGACAGAGUGUUUGACAAGCAGGGAUCUAAGAAGCUCCGGGUGUACAGUGCAGGAAGAGAGAGGCUAGCAUCGUCAGAAGAAUGUAGCCUCAGGGAGAGUUCAGGAUCUGCCCCCUCACCAGCAGAGCCCUUGCGCGGCUCCAUCGGUCCAGGUCUUUCUCGUGACCUGCAGGUCGGGAGCAGCUGGGAGAGUAAUGACGGGUCCGAGCCCCAGCUCACUCUGCAAGAAGAGGUGUUCACUUUCUCAUCCCAGCCACACUCACCCAAACGAGGGCAAGGCCAGGGUGAGCAGGAGAAGAUGGAGAUGGGAGAUGAUCCGGUUCAGAGUGGAAGGCGGUAUGAGGCCCAGCCCCAGGACGACUUCAUCGGCAGUGAGAGUGAUGAGGAUAACAGCUUCACCAAGAUCAACCAUGCUACUUCAAGAUCUCCUAGUCCAUAUUUGGAUGGUCAACUUGAAGUCCACCCUGAAUCUCAAAACAUGGACCAAACAGCACCAACGGAGCUCAGUCCAGCUUCCACCGGCAUGCAGUCUCCAUCCAGUGGGGGGGCGGAGGCAGCUGAGAUGGCCCCCACACGCUGCCUCUCACCCAGUGUGACACCCAGAAGGCAGGAACGCAAGUGUGGCCCGCGUGGAUCAGACACACUGAACCAGUUUGUGGAUGAGAACAGCAGUGUCACGCUUUCCAGAAGUCUCCUGCAUGAAGUCAAAUUAAAUGCCUCCACACAGAACAAGGUGAUCAAUUUAAAGGAAGAAGGAGCCAACACACUACACCCUAAUGACUCCAGUGUUUACAACUUACACCCGCUUGGCAGUCUACGAACACAUGGGGAAGAUGAAGAAGAGCUUCGAAUGCUGGCUAGUCUCAAAAGAGAGCAUGAGGAAGAUGAAUGUAAAGCCUCAGGCCUCAGUGCAUCUCAGAUCCAACACUGUAAUGUCAGCGUUAGCAUGAGCAGUGACGACGCUUCUACCUGGACCCACAUCUCCAAGCCAGUUAAUCAGGGUCACCACUAUCAGAAGGAAAUGAACCCUCUCCUUCAAUCAAACCCUAGGGAGUGGAUGGACGUGCUCAGCCCUCCCUUAAUGCCUCUCAGCCAUGGGAGAAGGUCAGCCAACACAUGGAACAAUUUGGAUCUAAUCGGAGGACGGGAUGAGUCGCUGAAUGAACAGGAAAAGGAGGAUGAGUAUUUGAAUCUGCUCUAUGAUCCUUGCCUGAACUGCUAUUUCGAUCCAAAGACGGGGAAGUACUAUGAACUAGCUUGACUCAAAGCUCAAGAGAAUCUAAAUUAAUAAAUCAUAAGUUAUUGACGGUGGGUGAAUGGCUUCAUCAAGUUUUUGAGACCUAGCUUAUUGAUCAGUACUGAAUAACCCAUUCACAAACAUGUGAAACUAGCAGGGGCUUUGUGUCUCCAUCAAUACUCAUGUCAGUGUGUAAGGGAGUGGGACUGACUCAAUAAGUAAGACAUUGGGUGGUGGCCCAUUCAGUAGCACAUCUGAUGGUAGAAAGAGUCUUUGCAGAAGUCUUGGCUACCAAAAUAAUAUGUUAACUUUUUUUAGAUAACAUCCUAGAGCUUCUAUUUACACAGAAGAUUUCUGACAUUUAACUUUUGCCUGGAUUUUUACAUUGCAGAAUGCGUUAUUUUGUUCUAUAUUUAUUAUAAUUAAUCAAGUAAUGUAAUUGAAAAUAAG